CUCGCUGUAUUCUGUAAUACAUAAAAUACAGGCGAAAAUAUAUUUAUCUCCAUCUCUAGCGAGUAGUAGAGAGGGUCAUGAUAUUAGCCGUUCAUUCAUGCAUGUGAGACUGAGCCUAGUCUUCUACAGAUUACCCCAAGACAUUCACCGGAUUUUACGUACACUGUAUCUAUAGCGAACUUAUCAUACUUAUAACCACAACAUGUUAGUCGUACCAAAUACGCUUAUAACCUCCCUACUGAUAGCUCUGGGUACAUUAACAUGUAUACCAGUGAUCGCAGCACAAGAUGACGCAGCACCCGCUGCCGUAUCACCACCCCCUACUUUUCGACACGAGUAUAAGUGGUCUUUUAAAGGCCCUUUGGACAGACCAGAAAAUAAUAAAGUGCCUUUCUGGGAUGUAGUAGAGAGUGCAAUGGUCUCCGAACGAGAAGUGCGACUGGUGCCGUCGGUUAAUAAUAGGAAAGGAUCGGUGAG